CUCCGCUACCUGUGUGGCCCUCGGCCUGGCUCAGGUCCUCGGGCAGACGGUGGGGGCUCGUUCCUCGGCUCCCCCAGGACUCGCCUACCCGCUUUAAGAAGAGUUUGAGUGGAGUCCGUGUGAGAGGCUCCAUCCUCGCUGAGGUCUCCUCUGCCCGAACGCAGUGGGGGUCGCGCCAUUUGUUUCUUUAAUUCCUGGAAGAAGGCGAGCUGGCCAGCUGUGCGGGGCAGGUGGAAUAAUUGUGGGCUGAGACGCGCUCCGGCAGAGACUAUGUAAUCGGCUCGGUGACUGUACAGCGGACUGCGCUUCGGGGAGGGAAGAGGAGGGAUCGGUUCGCUUCUUUGCGACUCGGCAGGCGGAGUUUCGCAGCGGCACCAGUGUCGCGCCCGCCCGCCCGCGGGGAGGUCGCUCCAUCCAGCCCCGCCGGCCGCGAGAGCCCGAGCGCCGGAGCGCGGUAGUCGGCUGGGGUGAGGGAGAGCCAGACCCAGCUCCGGGGCGCCAGGGAGCGGGCCGGGGAGUCCCGAGGAAGGCGAGCGGCGGUCGCAAACCAGCGGAGCGCGCCCCCAGCUCGCUCCAGCGGUGCGGCGUCCCGGCGGCAUGGAGAAGGACGGGCUGAGCCGCGCGGACCAGCAGUACGAGUGCGUGGCGGAGAUCGGGGAGGGCGCCUAUGGGAAGGUGUUCAAGGCCCGGGACCUGAAGAACGGAGGCCGUUUCGUGGCGCUGAAGCGCGUGCGGGUGCAGACCGGCGAAGAGGGCAUGCCGCUCUCCACCAUCCGCGAGGUGGCGGUGCUGAGGCACCUGGAGACCUUCGAGCACCCCAACGUGGUCAGGUUAUUCGAUGUGUGCACGGUGUCACGAACAGACAGAGAAACUAAACUAACAUUAGUGUUUGAACAUGUUGAUCAAGACUUGACCACUUAUUUGAAUAAAGUUCCAGAGCCCGGAGUGCCCACUGAAACCAUAAAGGAUAUGAUGUUUCAGCUUCUCCGAGGUCUGGACUUUCUUCAUUCUCACCGAGUAGUGCAUCGUGAUCUAAAACCACAGAACAUUCUGGUGACCAGCAGCGGACAAAUAAAACUGGCUGACUUCGGCCUUGCCCGCAUCUACAGUUUUCAGAUGGCUCUGACCUCAGUGGUCGUCACGCUGUGGUACCGGGCCCCCGAAGUCCUGCUGCAGUCCAGCUACGCCACCCCCGUGGACCUCUGGAGUGUCGGCUGCAUAUUCGCAGAAAUGUUUCGUAGAAAGCCUCUUUUUCGUGGAAGUUCAGAUGUGGAUCAACUAGGAAAAAUCUUGGACGUAAUUGGACUCCCAGGAGAAGAGGACUGGCCUAGAGAUGUGGCCCUUCCCAGGCAGGCUUUUCACUCAAAAUCUCCUCAACCUAUUGAGAAUUUUGUAAGCGACAUUGAUGAACAAGGCAAAGACCUACUUCUGAAGUGCUUGACAUUUAAUCCAGCCAAAAGAAUAUCUGCCUACGGUGCCCUGUCUCACCCAUACUUCCACGACCUGGAGAGGCGCAAGGAGAGCCUGGAUUCCCACCUGCCGCCCAGCCAGAACAACUCGGAGAUGAAUAUAGCCUGAGCUCCCAGCCGCUGCCUCCAGCGGAUCUCCUGGAGAACACCUUUGGUGUCUGAUGGGUCCCCCUGCGUCAGCCCCUGCAGAGCUGCGGAAGAUCACCGGCUGGGGACCUUCUAGCUGCCGUCUUCUGGGUGGACUCUGCUUCUCCGAGGAAACGGCUUAGUUUACUAUUUGAAAUCAAUGCAAGAGUGAUUGCAGCUUUAUGUUCGUUCGUUGUGUGUUUGUCUGUCUGUCUGUGUCAAAAACAUGGAAAAAUUCCAGAAGAGAAGCUGCUGACCAAUCAUGCUGCCAUUUCAUUUUUCUAACCUUGAGUGCUGCCAGAGUAAAAUGAGCAAUCCAGGCACAGCUGAUUGUGACCGAUCUCCCUGCAGCUGCCGGGCCUGAUUUGGUACUUUUGAGUGAACAUGUUGAGUGAGUGUGUGUGUGAUUUUUGAUCUCUUAAAGUGUUACUCUCUGUAAACGACGAGAAUAAUUGAAUUCUGGGGAUUCAAAGUGACCAGUACGUAACAGGCAUCUGUGGACCAAAGGUGGUUCACCAGGAUGGGCUCCUGAAAUUAGAGAGUUGAGCCUAUGUCCUCAGAAUUUCUCUUCUGGCCACAAGUAGUAAAUUUGUUAGUAGUGAAAUGUUCACUGUCUAGAUGAAGUUUUAGACACACAUCCAAGAGGAAAAAAAAUUCUAGUAUCUUUAAGAGACCUAUUUUUUAAAGCACACAUUUCAUUUACUCUUCCAAAAGCUGGAUUUAUUCAUUCUAAGUACAUUUUAACCUGUAUAAAAUGCUUUAUUGUUUCCUCUUUU